AUGGACCAAGAACUGCCUCACUUCAUCCGACGCCUCCUGUCUGCUAUUUUGCACCCCAAACAAGCAAAGAAUACACCAGUGGACAGCACAACCAGGCUCCACAAGUCCAUUAAGGCUCUGACGGAGGCCUUCCACAAUGUUCUCCUCUUCCAAACUCUCUGGGACAAAUUGGCGGUGAUGGAGGUGUUUAAAAACCAGAGCCCCUAUAAAUUUGAAGAUAUGCAAGUCACCUUCCUGCUCGACCUCUGCAGGGCUACACUGGUCUGA